AACCACGCCCAGGAUAUGAAGUCACUGGGUAACAUCGCAGCCCGCAACCCUUCAGCGAUCAAGUUGUCCCGAGCCUCACUCGCAUUUAUCCGCAGAGGUCGGCGAUUCCGUUGCUUCCGGCUCGUUUCCACAUUUUUGAAGACUGCAGCAUUCCCAGUCAUGUACAUUCUCCUUCUCGCUCUGCUACCGAUAGUGGCCGUGGUGGUGUACUUCCGCUCACGGGAGCGCAAUGUCAUCGACAACACCACGGACAAGUAUGUGUUCAUCACCGGGUGCGACACAGGCUUCGGGAAGUUACUGGCCAAGCGCCUGGACACCCGCGGGUUUCACGUGAUUGCCGCAUGCUUUACGGAAGAGGGGCAGAACGCCAUCAAGGCGGAAACCUCUCAGCGACUAAAAACGGUCAGCCUGGACGUGACAAAUAACGAAAGCGUGAAGCGAGCUGCCGAGGCCGUGCAAGAGAUAGUCGGCGACACGGGACUCUGGGGCCUGGUGAACAACGCAGGCGUGUGUCUUCCCGUCGGCCCCAUGGACUGGCUGACGAUAGAAGAUUUCCGCCCGUGCAUGGAAGUGAACGCAAUGGGUUUGGUGGCUGUGACGCUCGCUUGCCUACCCAUGCUCAAGCGUGGCCGUGGCAGGGUUGUGAAUAUAGCCAGUGUGAUGGGCCGCCUGGCUUUAGGCGGAGGAAGCUACAGCUUGUCCAAAUUCUGCGUGGAGGCCUUCUCCGACAUACUGCGGAGAGAUGUCCGAGUGUUCGGUAUUAAGGUCAUCAUUAUCGAGCCAGGCUUCUUCAAGACAAACCUCACCGAUGAGAAGAAAUUUAACAAGAGCUUGCGUGACAUUUGGGCAACACUUCCCAAAGACACCAGGCACCAGUAUGGGGAGGACUUCAUUGAGAAAGUGACGGAUGCCAACACGAAGAACUUAGGAAAGCUUCUGGACACAGACAUUUCCAAAGUUCCCAUCGCUGUGGAGCGUGCACUCACAUCGGCGCUCCCCUUCACCCGCUACUCCGUCGGAUGGGAUGCCACGCUGUUCUGGUUGCCAUUAUCGUACGCACCCACAGUUGUGAUUGAUUACCUUCUCACACGAGAGUACAUAAAACCUGCCAACGUUUAGACUAACUUAGGCCAAGGACCGAUGUAUUCCUAAUUCCAAUACCGUUGACUAAAAUUUGUUUUCUUUUUAUUAAUUGUAACCUUUCCUAAAUAUAUCCCAAUUGUGCUUUUGGCGCCAUGGCAUUCGAUGAAGUAUCCAUUUUGAACUCUCGCUGAGCAACUCAGCCAGCUAUGUUAGAGAAUGGCCCACAGAAGCGAAUAUUGCACAGCUGCCUCUGCUAUCCCUUGAAAGUGACCUCUUGGUCCACACAUGGUAGAGGGGAGCACUUUCCCACCCGUUCUGCAUAAGAGAGUAACGUGCGUGGCAUGACAGUAAAACUGAUAGUUUAAUUUUGAGUGCUGCAAUUCAGUCAAAUGUAAGUGUAGAAACAAAUUUGUUGUGAUGUAUUUGUGUGCAGCCCCUUGGUGACUGGGCUGAGAUCAUAAACUCCACACCCGUGAGAACCUGGAGACCAAAAUAUACUUUUACAGAAUUCAAAAACAAAUUCGUGGUGAUGGGUUUAUUUACUCCGUGACAUUUCCUUGAUUUGUUGACACAGGGACAAAAGUAUUCCUGUAGCAUAUUUACCAUUCAGUAAUUACCAACACAGGCAUGGUUGAACGAUGAAGGCCUCCCCCACGCUGUCAGAGGUUGUUUGACUAUACUUCACCACGUUGGUCAGUGCAAGUUAGGGCUGUCCAGAGAGGGGAGGACAAACGGGGCAUUCUGGCCAGGGCCUCAAACAAAAGAGGACCCGACAAUGGGCCUUUCCAGUUGAAUAAUGGGGCCCUAUGUGGAAAUUCUUCCCUGGGGCCUCCAGGAACCACUUGAUGGCUAUGUGGCUUUGUAAUGGGGAUGCCCAGGAUCAAUUUAGCCCUACGCUCGCCACGGAUGUUAGCUGUGGUCAGGAAUAAAAUCAAACUCUUGAGUUGCCAGAUUUCUGAGCGCCGUGCUAUGACCGCAGCAGCAGCAGCACUGCUCCACCUCCGUACAGAUACGUUGUAUAAAACUGUUGAUGGUAAUUUGUCACCUGGAAAUUAUUUAUUUGUUACGGUUUUUUCGGCUUAACUUUUGUUUAAGUCUAAAUGUGAAACAGGAAUUUCAGCCACCAUGUUGACAUUAUUAAACAAACAAUUACAUUUUUUUGCCAUGUAAGCAAAAUAUCACUUAACACUGCUUUGUAUGCCACUGCAAACAUAUGCAAAUAUGCAUUGGAAUAUUCUUAUAUCACUCAAAAUAAAGUUUGAAAUUAAGUUUCCGCUCCA